CCGCUGUACGGUAUUGAGUAUACACCGUGUUUAGUCGCGUUUACCCGUUUACCGGCUGUUAAUAUUAUUAUUAUUAUAAUCAUUAUUUAUUACUAUUAUUACUAUAUCCGAACGCUUUCAGGCUUCGAUGCCAUAAUUUUGCCGUCCGUACACCGCACCGCGGCCAUCGUAGUCGAGUUGUUUUGGUACGCAUUACGCCAUUACGAGUACACGGCUACGGUACAGUGACGCCAGUGAGUGCACUGCCAUAUUGUCAUGACGCGUACUUACGAUAAAAUUGUUGUUGUCGUAAUCGAACGAAAACGUUUUAAUGUCAUGAUUUUAUAGCUUGUACACAUUGUUGUAAUGUUGUAUAACGCCAAUAGAUGAAACAGACUCGUCCUACGACGUGCACGCGAAUUUUAUUUCAAUUCUCUUCAUUUGAUUUAAUCUUUCUUUUUUUGAUUUUAUAUUAACUUCAUUUUCACCUCGCCACUCGUCCGAAGAGACGUUUUUUUUUUUUAAUUUUAAUUUUUUUCAAAUUUUCUAUUACGCGCCGCGGCUGCGCUCGUUCCAACUCAGUGUUUAUUUAGUAUUUGUUGGUCUGAUUUAUCAUUUCAUAUCGAGUAAAAGUUAUUACGGAAACACAUGCAUGAAUGUAUUUCUUGCCGUUGUAUACCCAGCAUCACCGUCAACAGAUACCCGCUACUUCUACUACUGCUACUACUAAGAUUACAAUACUACUACUGCUACUACAACACUUCUGCAGUCUGUGAGAAAGCGAUCAUUAAGAAAUCCUAGUUAAAUUUAUUUGGACAUACACAUUUGCCAAUUGAGCAUUAGUCAUUGCCAUUUAUUGCUCAGGAUACACAACGCUUGUUAAGACGACUUAGAUAAUAAAUUAUAUCAAUUAAGAAAAAUAAGUUACCAUCAUGAGUGUAAUAAUUAGAUUGCAAAAUCUGCCUUGGGCGGCCAACGCCGCGGAUAUUAGACAGUACUUCCAAGGGUUAUCGAUACCCGAAGGUGGAGUUCAUAUCGUCGGCGGUGAAAAAGGCGACGUCUUCAUCUCUUUCAGUACUGACGAAGACGCUAGACAGGCUAUGCUUUCGGAUGGCGGAUGCAUCAAAGACGUGCAGAUCAGACUUCUGUUGAGCUCGCGUAAUGAGAUGCAAAAAGUAAUCGAUACAGCCCGACAACAAACCUUGUAUAACGCAUACAUGCAGCAAAAUUUGAUGCAACAGCCUCAGAUCCCCAUAGUCGGGUCAUUGCAGCCACCGUUGACUGCUAAGGUCUUACCGCAACCACAACAACAGGCGAGGCCCGACCGACUCGGUGCGCAGAUGUUGCGCAGACAACCCUUAAUGGACAACAUGUCAGUACUUAUGCCCCAAGACAAACAGCAACAAAUGCAACAACAGCUUUUGUCUCCAAAAUCAUUAGAGAACAGAGAUCGUGACGAUAAGGGCAACAAACGCAGUGAUCGAUCUCGGUCGAAAUCCCGAGAACGGCGGUCCAAGUCGUCACGUAGUGGUGGUGGUGGUGGUAGACGGGAAAGGUCGAGGUCUAGAGACCGGCGGCGCCGGGACCGGAGCCGAGGGAGAGACAGGUCUAGGGAUAGGUAUCGCGGUGAUGGCAGAAGCUCGUCGAGCCGAGGAAGUGGAGGCAAAUCGCAAAGGUCACGGUCACCUGUCGCCAACAAAGGGGUAGACGGUAAGUUGAUCGGCGAUCAACAGGCUCAAAUCAAUCCUUGGUCCUGUCAAUAUGACAACAUGCAGCAACAGCAGGCAGCGAUGGCUGGGGUAGAAAAUCAUCAGCCAGCCACGAUGAUGAACAACGCAAUACCCGGCGGCAUUGCCGGAUUCCCGCAAUUUAGGUCGCCACCCCAGCCACCCAUCAUUCCCGUCAUACUUCCUCAGAAUUCUUUUCAUCAACCACAACAACAACAACAACAACAACAGCAACAACAACCGCCGCCGCUAAUGAAUCGAUGGCCAUCGAGUGGCGGAAACCGCUCACAUCAGCAGCAGCAACAGCCAUACGUUCCCGACAAUGAUUUUCGCGCUAACGUAUAUGGAGGUGGUGGUAGUGAUGACGAGGACGAUCGACAAACCGAAUUCGACAACAACUUUCACGGAAGGUAUAACGACAACUCUGCACCGGGUAUGAGGAGAGGACCGCCUGGACAAGAUUUCCGAGAGCAACGAGGUUUCGGCCCGAACCGGGGAGGUCCUAGAUUUCACAAACCGCAACAGGCCGUGCCGCCCGUUGUGGGACAGCAUAACCGCGGUGGCGGUGCAGGUCAGCGGUCGUUCGACGAGUUUGGUAACAGCAGUGGACCCAGAUUCAACCAUCAGCAGCAUCAACAGCCACCAAGGUAUGGUGGCCACAACAUCCAAGAGGGCGGUGGGAGAGGAGGCAGACCAUCCAGGUUCAGCUCGAUCAACGAAAAUGGUAAGCCUUAUUCCAGGUUUAAUCAAGCACCACAGCAGCAGCAGCAGUCGCGCCGAGACAACGACGAAGGGCGGCCCGUCGACUUCGACGAUUCCAAAAGAAUACCACCCCGGUACAACGACCGGUACAGGUACGACGUUCGGAACGCGCAAGUUCCUCACUCUGAAGGCUUGUGUGUGGAGGUAAACAACAUGUCCAAUCCGUUCUCGUACGGGGACAUCCGAAAACUGUUCGAGGGCAUACAUAUCGAUGGGUCGGCGAUCAAGAUCCAAAAACACCGUCAGGGCGUAGCGUUCGUCCGGUUUGAUAACAACCACAACAAGAACUUGGCCAUGAAAGUCAACGGGACCGCGUACAAGGGUAACCACGUAGUAGUCAAACACCUGGACGACGAGGCGUACGAGCGGGAUAACACGGAUGACCGGCCGUAUCCGUCUACGGCGGGGGCCCCGAACAUAGUCGAUCACGUGGACUUAGUGGACGACGACGACGACGAAGAAGGCGCAACUGAUCAGCCAGCGGUAUCGUCUGACAAAAAGAAAUCGAACAGGUCUAAAACCGAAGACGAAGGAAGCGACGACGAUGACGACGACGACAACAACGACCUGGUAGUGUGUGAAAAAAGCUCUAACAAGGACGCGUUGUCGACCGAAGACGGUGGCGACGAACAACGGAAAGACCCGCCGCCGACCAAAUAUCUGAAACUCAAACAGCUGCCGGUCACAGUGACCGAGGAAGACGUGAUGAACGAGUUCGACGGCGGCAGCGACGUGCGCCGCGUGACCUUCUAUCCGGAUGGCGAGUUCAUGGGCGCCGCGCUCGAGUUUAUUAACACGGAAGCUGCCGAAUCGGCGCUCAAGCGGUACGACUGCGUCUUGUUGGGCUCUACGCCUGUGCCCGUACUGCGAUGCUCCUACAAAGAGUACACGCAGAUCAAGCGCAAAUCCGGCGGCGGCGGCAGACGUUUUUCGAACGACAACAGCGGUGGCGGCCGUCACCAUCAUCACGGUCACCACCAUCACCACGGAAACAACAACCAUCACCAACAGGCGCCGUCAUCUUCUUCGCCCGUGCCGAUGGCGCCGCCGCCCCCGAACGUGUCGGGCGGUGCGCCGGUCGUCCGGUCCAACUGCUUGUACGUGUACGGCCUGCCGACGACCGUCACCAAUACGGACAUCACUCAGUUCUUCUCCGACUCGUCCGUGUUGCCGGACAAGAUACACAUCAUGCUCAGCAAGUUCGGCCGUCCCACCGGCGAGUCGUACUGCGAGUUCGGGUCCGCGCAACAGGCGAGCGCGGCCAUGGUCAAGAACCAAACGUACAUGGGGCCGAACCUCGUAUGCGUCGAGCCCAUCAACCGGUCGCUCAUGAUCCAGGCCAUUACCAAACCGAUGCAGCAGCACUGCAACAACCAUCACCAGGACAUGUCCUGGGGUGGCGGCGGAGGACCGCCGUCCAGGCAACAGCACCACCACCAGAGGCCCCAGCAGUACGGAGGUCACAACAACAGCGGACCGCCGUACGGCGGUGGCGGUGGUCGGCCGCAGCAGCAACAGUUCAACAUGAACAACGGCGGAGGCCGCGGCGGCGGCGGUGGCGGUUAUACGCCCAGGAUACGCGGUCCCGGACCCGGGCCGAACGCCGGUCCCGAAGGGUUUGGACAGCCCGGGUGCGUGAUCGCGCUGGACAACGUGCCGUACAGGGCCGAUGUCCAGCAGAUAGUGGAUUUCUUCGAAGGAUUCGAACUGAACAGUCAGAACGUGAUCCGGCGGUUCAACGACUUCGGCAAGCCGACCGGCGAAGCGCGCGUCAACCUCAGGAACCCGCAGGAAGCGUCGCGGGCCGUCCGGGCGCUGCAGAACAAGUCGAUCUUCAACAGGCCGGUGCGGCUGACGCUCUUGUAAAUCUCCAAACAAUCGACAGACCGACUAUUGCUGUUUGUUGUUGUUGUUGUUGUUGUUGUUACGACAAAGUUGUCGGUCUACUAAUAAUAUGCACUCGGGCGCUAUAAUGUUUUGAAAUAAUAUGUAUUCUAUGUAAUAUUCGUGUCAACUGUUUUCCUGAAACUUUGGCUAGAUGUAUAUUUUUUAAACGUCGAAAUAAGAGAUAUACUGUAUUGUAUCGAUUUUAUUUUGAUUUCGAUUGCUCUGAUUAUACACGCGGUGUGCUAAACGUAUUGUAACAACUAUAUUAUUCUUCGAGCGCUCCACGAUUUAAUUUAAACCUGAAUACCUGAUGUAUAAUUUGUAUCUAUUUUAAUAUCGUUAUAAUAUUUUCAUUAUGUAUGUUUGUAUAAAUAUAAUGAA